GUAGCCAAAGUGCCAAACUCCCAAACCCACCCAAGCAGUAGCACGAACGGAAAUUGAAAAAGACGCCAGAAGGAAGUCGCCGAGAGAGAGACGCCGUCGCCCGCCUGCACGCUCCACUGCUGCAGAGUCUAGACGCUGCCCGCCAGACGCCACCUCGCCGGAAACUCUCCCGCCUCCAGGUCCCGGAGUCCAGGUAAGGAGACUAGAGGGCAGAAGAAAGUGCAUCAGAGUGCACGCGCUGCUUUGCUACCCGCCUUUUCUUCACGGGAUACAGUUUUCUCUGCUAUGGGGUCGUUCAACAUUAGAGAUUUAUUGACGGCUUUCAGCCCUUCUAUGGACUUCUUUGCUAUAAGCUCUGGUGAUGGUCGUAUAAAGAUAUGGGACACAGUUAAAGGUCAAAUACAGACUGAGUUUGCAGAUAUUGAGUCUUCUGAGACAAUAGGCUUGUUUGCUAAAAGACAAGAAGGGCACCUUUCCAUAGAUUAUACUUGUAUGAAAUGGAUCUCUUCUGAGAAAAAGAAAAAAAGGAAGCUUGGAACAUCAUUGUUGGUAUUGGGAACUGGCAGCGGCGAUGUUCUGGCCCUAGAUGUGUCUGGUGGCCAGUUGAAAUGGAGAGUUUGUGAUUGCCAUUCUCGGGGUGUGACUGCAAUAUCAUUUCCCACAAGUGGUCGGCUCGUAUAUACUGCAGGCGGAGAUGGAAUGGUUUGUGAACUUGAUGCCAUGUCAGGGAACUUAUUGCGGAAGUUUAAAGCUUCUUCAAAGGCAAUAUCAUCUAUGUCCAUUUCACUAGAUGGGACAAUAUUAGCAACUGCAGCCUCUCAAUUGAAGAUUAUUAAUUGCUCGGAUCAUAAAAAGCUGCAGAAAUUUUCUGGUCACCCGAGCCCUGUUCGGUGUAUGGCGUUCUCUGAAAAUGGAAAAUACCUACUUUCUUCUGCUGUUGGUGAGAGAUAUGUUGCAGUGUGGAAGGUAGGUGGCAGAAAAAAGGAACCGGCAUGCUGUUCACUUGCUAUGGAUCACCCUGCUGUCUUUUUGGAUAGUCUAAUUGUUUCCACUGAAGAAGAUGAAUUGGGUCUUUGUGUUUUGGCAAUAUCUGAGACAGGCGUAAGUUAUUUCUGGUAUGGAAAGAGCAUUGAUGAGUUGCGAUCUUGCAAGCCCACCAAAGUAUAUUCAGAUGAGAAGAUAAAGGGUGCUGUACAUGGUGUUUUUGCCGCAAAAUUGGAGCAUAUUGUUAAACCUGCUUCUGGACGUGUGUUUCUGGCCCAUGGUUUGCCCGUUAAGCCAUCUUUUGAGAAAGUUGUGGUGCAGUCCGGGACAGACAUAAAGUUAAACAGUUCACUUGAUGGACUUCUUCUCCCCAUCAGUCAAUCUCGCAAACAUAGAACAGUCUCCCAAUUACAAAAUCAAGUUACUGCCUUAGAUCGUGCAAAUGCUGAGAAUGCACUACUUCCCAUGCCUCAGAUUCACGACUUGACUGGCAUGAAGAGCGGAGCUAAACUAGUGGUUAGCAAUGAUGACAUGGACCAAGAUGAUGCUGAUACAGUCACACUAUGCAUGGAAGAGCAACUAAUAUCCAUGGGGAUUGUUCGUGAGAAUGAUUCCUGUUCUAAACUAACUCUUGAAACUGAAAACAUUAAGGGUAUCAAUCUUGAAGCAAGUGUCCCGCAAAAGGAGGUAAGGAAAAUUGUUUUAUCUAUGGAACCCAAAGCUGCAUGUAAUUUGUUAGAAAUGCUGAUUGCUGCAUGGCAUUCCAGACUGUACAAGGCGAAAUACAUUCUUCCUUGGAUAUGUUGUAUAGUGGUAAACCACCGUUAUUAUCUUACGUCUCAGGAAAGAUAUACCCAUUUACUAGAUUCUCUAAAUAAGGUUACCAAGUCUAAAAGAGAAGCUCUUAACUCUCUAUUGCAGUUGUGUGGUCGUUUGCAACUUGUUACUGCACAGUUUGAGAAGGCUGCUUACAAUAAAAACCAAGUGCUACCCCAUGAUGAGCAAGUGGAUGAAAGUGAGGAGGAUGAAGAUGUUGAUGAAGUUCUUUAUGGCUUAGAUGAUGGAUCACAGACAAGCAGCAGUGAUGAUGAAUGAGCAAGUUUGUGAACUGUCUUCAUAUUGUUGUGCAAUUUUGUCUGGUAUUUCAAUUUUAUCUUAUUGAUUACUGUUCUGUAUCUCAUGAUUUAGAAAUAUUUAACUGUUUAGUACAAUGAUCACAAGCAGUUAGUAUGAACACAUCUUAUUACUAGAAUAUUGUGUUUGGUCUUGCCUAAAUACAAUAUAAUCAUUGGACUUUC